GGGGGAACGUGACUUGCCAUAAGUGAAACGCCACAAGUUGAGCUAAAGGUUGAGAGUGGUAGUGGCUGCAUUAGGCUGUGACAGGACCCUUUUUAUUAUUCCAGACAUGGCCUACGUUAAGAGUGGAUGGCUGCUUCGGCAGAGUACUAUUUUAAAGCGAUGGAAGAACAACUGGUUUGACCUGUGGUCCAAUGGCCAGCUCUUUUACUAUGAUGAUCAGUUGCGGGAAGACAUGGAAGAUAAGAUCCAUAUGAAAGUGGAUUGUAUUAACAUCCGGUCUGGAUAUGAGUGCAGAGACUUCCACCCUCCAGAAGGAAAACCAAGAGAUUGUUUACUCCAGAUUCUUUGCAGGGAUGAAAGAACCAUCAAUCUCUGUGCUGAAAGUGCUGAUGAUUGCCUGGCCUGGAAACUUGCUUUUCAAGAGGCACAGACAAACUCAAACCCUGGUCCUGAAAUUCUGUUGGAUGAUGCUGUUUAUGCCUCUGCUCCCCCACCCUACACAACUUAUCCCACAGCACCAGCACAGGUUUAUGGUUACAAUUCGUAUAGUGAUGCUUAUACUGCACAGCCGCCCUCUGCUUCGCAGCAAGUAAUCUACACAUCUAAUGGACAGCCUUAUGCCGUGGCCUAUCAGUAUCCCUACCAAGGUCCUUACCCACCAGCAACUAAUCACGUGAUUAUUCAAGACCGACGGCGUGAUGAUGGGGACCUUGCACUGGGUAUGGUGGCAGGAGCUGCCACUGGCAUGGCAUUGGGGUCACUGUUCUGGGCCUUCUAGAACCCCAAUAGCUGAGUUCAUCCGCUGUUUACAUCGCCGUCACUUUCCUGGUAGACUCGCUCCUUGCAGCUUGCACUUUACUCUACGUCCCUAACACAUACUGCAGUUGUACACUUGCUUCAUUAUUACAUGGCACUUUAGUCUUAUUAAAGCAAAUCCUGAGAUCUUCAAUGACAUUUCUGCAGCAAAGUUAAAUAGCACAUCUAUUAAUAUAUAUAUAAUAUAUAUUGCAAAAUUAUAAUUAACUUAUUUCAAGAAUGCCAUGAAUAAAAGCACCAUGUGUUUUUCUAAUUCUAAUUUUAUAGCUUCCAAAAUUAUUUUUGAAAAUGUGACAGCAUGCUAGGAAAGAUUUGUAGUGAAGUUGAUGGAAUGGGUUGUAACUCCCUUGGAGCCCCGAUUUUGAAUUCAGUCCAGGAUGUUAGGAUGAGAGCUUUUGCAUCCCCUCCCUUUUUGACUUGCAACAAUCCAAUGUUUCUUCUGCAUAAAUUCAGCUGAAUCUGAGUUUAUUGCGAGUGAAUGUUGCAAAUUAGCCUGCGCCCAUCUCGGUUCCAGGUGUGACAUGUGAAAAAUGAUGCUUUGGUGGAAAAUGCAAUUUCAAGCUACAUUACCAGUCUGUUUAGCAGCUAGUUAGCAAGGAUAAUCUAUUUUGUACUCCAGGGUAUUGCAAAGUUACUGCCAUGGUUACAAAAUGGAUUUUCAAGCAUUGUCAGACUUCUCUGCCUGAAUUUUGCGGUUAAGGCUGUUCUUUAUAUUUGCAAAAUUGCACUGGUACCAAUUCAAAUGCCUUGCAUUAGUUACUAACCCCAAGAAAAAAAAAUCUCAGCAAGUUGCAGUCCAACUGUAGAUUCCAUCACCAGGACAAAACAUAAGGGCUGGAAUUGUUCAGCAUGCAUUUCUCCUCCCGCCCUAGCAGGUUUCUCCAUGGUGGGGCUGGCGAGCCAUCGAAAUCUCCUUUCACAGCAGUGGGACCGGAAGGUUCCGCCGAUGUGAGGCACUGGAAAAUUCUGUCCGAGAAAUGUUAACAGAAAAAUGUGCAGGUUGUCCAUAUUCUAUUUUAAUGCUUGUUCCUAUCCCAAAUAAACACCUUGUAGAACAUGAGUAAAAUCAAGGAUGAGGAAAGACCAUCCAGUCUGAUGAAAGCCAUCUCUGCAUUUCCCUAACUCUCUCACUUUGGCACCUAAUUGAGUGCCCUAAUUGUGUAUACCUUCAUCGAGGCCAAGCAUUUAUCACUGAAUAAAGAAGUUCUCAUCGGUGUACACUUUCUUUUCGAGUUCAGACUUAUGGUUUGACUCAGCCAAAACAGAAGGUGCUGAAAAAACAGCAGAAGUCUAUCUGCACAAAAGGACCUUCUACACUUGAACCUGUUGACCAAUCUUUUUUUUCUGUUCACAGAUCCUGUGCACUUCAAUAUUUUGAGUCCUUUCAAAUGUCCUCUGAUUCUGUUUCCCUGGCUUGCUUAAAAUUAAUCUUUUGUGUUUCUUAAUCUGCACUGUUAUAGAUUUCUAAGAGUUGAGAUUUCCACUAGAACUGCCUCCUGGCAGUGUGUGGAGUUUGUACUUCUCUAAUCCUUCCUCACAGUUUUAUACUUGGGAUCAUUCUUGUUGAUUUUCUUAAUACUUAAUCAUUUCCAAUGCAUGCUAGUUUUCCCUUGUGUCAUUGCCCCCUGACAUGAAGACAGUGCUGUGCAUGGAUUCCAACAAUAGCAUCAUAAAGACUGCACUGCUUGUGUCCAAUUGUUCAUACUGCACAUCCCAGUGUUUAAUUUACUGUGUAGUUAGCUCACCACUUUGCCUCAACAUAAAAAAGUAGCUUCUAAAAAUCUGUGUCUACGUGGCCCUGUUUCAAAUCGGUUCUAUUUGCUGGACACCUAAAAUGCACAACUUUUACAUCAAUAUAAUUUACAUCUAUCCAAAUUAAAUUUCAGCUACCAUUUGCCAGCUAAAUUGCAUUACUUUUCACUUGUUUGAAUGGAGCCAUUUCAUGAGCAUUGGAUCAAUGAGGUCUCAGUUAAUCACUUUCCUUACUUCCCCUUCUGAAGCUUCCACCUUUGACACCUCUAUGUCAAUCUGAAGCUUUGGAGCUAGCCAAUGGCUAUAGCAUUAAAUAUUUGAGGCUACAAAAGUGGUGCAACCUUUUUGAAGUCUGAAAUUAUGCUGUCUUAUUUUUCACCUUCCUGUAUUGUGCUUCCUAUAUUUAAUUUGCUGCUGUUUGAACGGAUUCUUCAUAAGUAUUCUCGCUCACGCACUCGCUCUCACCCCCACCCUCCCCCUGCUUGCUUUGCCCCCUCUCUUGCUCUCUGUCAGCUGGGACCAACCCUUGGCCUCCACUUCCACAAUUCUGUCUAUACUGUUGUUAACAAAUAUACAUACUUUUGUCUUUGACCUGAGCCUUGCUGUGCGGUUUGUGCUGAAUGUAUCCUUGAAUGUAAGGAUGCAGUAAAUCCAGAAGCAAACUUAGUGGAAAUCAAUAGGGCUGACAUUGGACCUGAAAGAUUAGCGUGGCCCGUACAAAGCUAACUGGUGAAUACUUAUUCUGGCUAGGAAGCAUUUUAUUUCAGAGCUGUGGUAGGAUAUAAGAUUUUUAAAGGAACUGUUGAGUUGCUUCACCUGUGUCAUCUAUUGGGUGUUGACAUACCAAUCAAAUACAUUUCUUUUUUACUUGUGUAGCCUGUAACUUUCAGGUUCUAUUUUAAGUAUGAAGCUUCAACUCCAUGCAGUUCUCACUCAGUUCUGGAGACUGAGACCAGACUAUUGAUUCCUGCAUGGUAUUCUCCAGACAAACUGGGCAAUGGUGUUGUCUCCCUUCCCACCCCUGCACCAAUGAAAGAAUAAAUUGGUUACCAGUAUAUCCAAGUGCAUUCCUAAGCUGCUUUGGAGUAUUUGGAGAUGCCCGAACAGGAGGUUAGAAGGGUGUUGUUACAUGAAGCAAAGCAAACGAAGGAGGCAGGCCAUGGGGAAAGCAUUUCCAUAAAAGAGAAAAAUUGCUUUGAAUUUGCCCUGCCUCUCCUUGAAUUGACUGAACUUUAAACUACUUCUGGAUAAUGCAGUGUGCUAUUGGUUUUGAAACUGUUUGUCAGUAUCGGAGUUUUGGUUUAAAGUGUUGCAUUGGAAUGUUGUUUAUCCAAAGUAACCUGGAAAUUUUAACCCGUCCAUAAAACAGGAAACGUGCAGCAGCAGUUUGAACUUCAGCAUCACGAAGUUGUUAGUAAUAAGCAUUAUCCCCUUUCAACUGCAUACAGCUUUAACAGUUCAUUUGCUUGUUGUAGCACUUCAGAGCUCAGCACUGAAUCACGUUAAUGCAAGCAGCCUUGUGCCUGGAACUUUCUUCUCUGGGUGAGGUAUUGUUUGUCAUCAGGAGGUGUGGAGUGAAGGCUAAGUUUAUUGAUCUAAUCCACUUGCCCUCCACACACAUGAAGGAAGGAAAAAACAGUUGGUGCUAAUUGUGGGGAUGGGGGGUGGUCUUUAAUUCUUGGGUAUUCAAAUGUAUUUUGUAUUAGGCUGCCUGUAAUUCUUGUUUUCAGUAAGUCUGGUGUAUUUAGGGGACCUUGCUACCUUGUGACUGGAAUCAACUGAGAACUUGGCAAUCUCUCUUCCCUCAGCAUGGUAGGGUAAAGUUGAAUGGAUCCCACCUAUUUUGUACAUCUCAGUUUCUGCUGUCAAAGCUGGCUAGUCAGCUUACCCCAGAGGGAAUCAAAAAUAAAUCUAAUUUUUGAGGCAAAUUUGUACCCCUCCAAGCAUUUCUUUCCAUGUUAGGAGAUUGUGUGGGAAAGCCCUGGAUUUAUAUUGGCGUGAUCCUGUUCCAGUACUGUAGGGAGUCUUUGGUGUUUGCUGAUUAAUGCUGAGCAGCAUGUCUCCGCCUCCUGAAUUUACCACCUAUUAGAUCUUGAGUUUACCUUGGCUUUUGCUGUCUAAUGUCUUCAUCAAUGAGGAAGGAACCAAGAGAAUGACACUUGCUGUCCCACCACGUGCCUUGGCCCCAUCCUUUUUUGUUCCAUGGAGUGCCCAUGGAGCUUGUUUCUUCAUGUGUUUCUAUGCAAACAUGUACAAAACCAGCAGAGAAUACAUCUCGAUAAAAGCAAAAUACUGCGUUUGCUGGAAAUCUGAAACAAAAAUAAAAAUUGCUGGAAAAAUUCUGCAGGUCUGACAGCAUCUGUGGAAAGGAAGACAGUUAACGUUUCGAAUCUGUAUGACUCUUCAUCAGACAAUACAUCUUUUUGGUUUGGAAUAGUUGUGGAGGAGAGGAUUGGUACUGGUGUGUUGCCCACAAGAAAUUAACAACCUAGAAGAAGCCACUUGUUAUUUUGAGGGCUGGGGGAAACGUGGAGGUAUGUGAAGAUUCCACAUGGUGCUCAGGCCUGAUGUUCCUCUUCGAGGCAGUUUUGUUAACUGAGAAGCUGCUAAGGGUUGUUUUUCUGUGAUUUAUCUGAAUGAAUUUAAAGUACUGGUGACAUUGUGACCCAGUCUUACCCAUUAUAAUAAUUUCUAACUCAUAGCUGCCCAGUGUGUUCUCUCUUAUUCAGCAGGUUACCAGUGUUGCCCAGUCAUAGCAGCUUUUUACGUAUUUUAAAAGAAAAAAUCUUCAUAGCCUAUAAAGGUCGGCUAAUGACCACCUUGAAGGAGAAGGAAAAAAGUAUCUAAUCAAGUGUGGAGCAGUGAGUCACGAGCAAUAAGAUGAACAAAUAGGUUAGACAUGAGAAUGUAAGCAGAGGAGAAACACUGGGAGAGUGAGGGAAGCACUAGAAGUUGAAGUGAAUUUUGGUUUUGAACGUAGCCAAGAUUGGGUGAAAUGAUGCAGUGAUGUGAACUGUUAAGUGGUUAAAAUGAAUCGUGUGUGGAUUUGGAGAAUGAUUUUAGUUGGUUGUUGCUGGCAGUUUUCCUCAACUGAGUGCUCACUGCAGUUUCUCUCUCUCUCUCCCCUCUCUCUCUCUCUCUCUCUCUCUCUCCAUCAAAUAACAGGACACUCCUUUAUUUGCCUUACUCCUAUUUGCUGCACUGAUAUUUAGAGACACAUCUCUGCAGUGAAAUUAUAGAAUGUCUUUGUGUGUAGAUGUUAAUUUUUAAUACUUUAUUUAAACUCUGAUUAAUGAUCAGCUGCUAAAAAUGCUUUUAAAAAUGUUUCAUCAAAAACAAUAGGAUACAUUCUAAGUUCUGUGGCUCAAUAUUGCUAAUUGUACCAUAAAAAUUGUUUCAGUAGAAUGAGAUUGCGUAUUUAAAUAAACUGAUUUAAUUGCUG